AACAGUAUUUUUGAUCGCGUCCGGUCUUCACGACAGUUCUCAUCGUUUUAUGGUAACGUAAAGCGUAGCUACAGAAGAUAACAUGUGGAGAGUUCAGUAACCAAACAAAACACCACCAGAUGGAGAACUACAAUAAAGCUCGGACGGUGGAGCAGCCGCCCAUCUGUCCGUUCCCUGGCCUCCCCCCUGACACGCCGGAGGUCCGCGUCAAAGAAAACAGCAAGAUCCGCAACCUGCUGCGUUACGCUCAGAUCCGCAUGGAGGCCAAACCCCGCGCAGCGGAGGACGAGGGACGACACACUCCUGAGGACGGAGGCGUGGCUGUGGAGGGACAACAGGAAUCACCAGGCCGGCCGCUCUGCAAACAGAUCGUCUUCACCGCGGUCGGUAAGGGUGUGUCUAAAGCCAUCACGUGCGCUGAGAUCGUGAAGCGGCGUGUGAAGGGGCUGCACCAGCUCACCAGGCUGCUGUUCAGCACCGUGCAGGAGGUGUGGGAGCCGCUGGAGCCCGCCGCCGGCCUCGACAGCCUGACGGUCAGCAGGAACUUGCCCACCAUCUGGAUCCUCCUCUCCAGAGACCCGCUGGACUGUAGCCAGCCCGGGUACCAGGCACCGGGCCGCUACGAUGCCCUGUGGGCUCAGUCUGCUAACAGGGAGGAGGGUGGACAGAGACCAGGACACAAGAGGAAGAAAGGAGGAGGAGGAGGAGGAGGAGGGGGUGGUGGUGGUGGUGGCGGCGGCAGCAGCGGCGGCAGAGGGAGGGGACCCAGUCGUCAAACUGGACGGUCCAAAGAGCCGACUAAAGGACAGAGUUGAUUUAACUUUUUACUAACUGCUUGAACAAAAACGCUGCAUGAGGAGGACGCUCAGUGGACACCUACGCCUCAUUUCCACCGCAUGGCUCGACUCAACUCUCAUGCUUUUCUUUUUUUUGCUUUCCUCAGCAGAUCGUACCCCCUCAGUGUAUUCUCAGCUGAUCACGUGUGUGUGACCACAUGUGAAACAGCAGUGACAUCAUCUUCAACACAAAACUCAAUGAACCAUUUCAUCAGCAGCUAAACAGAAGAACGACUGCACUUCGAUUGUUCACUGUAGUUUUGUGGGCUGACUAUAUACUGGCUUUAUUUGUGUUUUUUCAGCGCUGCGUCUCUUGGAUUUUGUGACUGAUUUUCUGUAAAGCCCCGACCUCACCUAAGGGCUGUGGAGGGACACGCCCAUAAACACCCGGAACAAAGACAAAAAGACUAAAAAAUGGAAAGAGUCUCUACAGAGAAAUACACCACCACACACUGAGAGCGGGUCAUAAGUGCCAAUUGAGAGGGAUUGCUUCUGUACGAGUCAGUGUAUUAUUUUUUUUUAAGAAAAAUCCUGUGUAAUAUUCUUUAAAAGUUUUUUACAGGAUGUCGUGGUAGCGAUGAUUCUCUCUGACCUCCUGCCUUUCCUUCUUCCAGUAUCAGCUCAGCUCGCUUGGAAAGUCGACCAAAAAGUAGCAGACACUAUUCACAACUCUUGCUAAUGGAAAACCAAACAGAGCAAGUCGAGCUGCCGAACCAUGCAGGUGAAAUGCGUCAUCAGAGGAGUGAAGCGGUGGUUUGAGUGAUUUCAGCACAUAAACUUCAACUUGAGUAGAUUUUCCACUCUUGCUGAUCAUUUCCCAAAUCACCGUUCAGUGUUUAGACUCAUUUUCUUCCCGUUAGUUUCAUUUCAUUUCUCUGAAUAUCUACCUGAAGCAACUGGACGGUCGACAUUGUCGACAUUUCUUUAAAGAGUCCAAGAUGUUGGCCCUGAAAUGAAAAUGAUCCGUGGAAACCCCACAAAUCCAAACAUGCGUAAACAAUCUUUACUGAAAAGGAAAAGAAAGAGAUCUGAUCCAAAGCGACCGGAGACGCCUUGAGGAUAAUUAGACCUGAUGAUAACACUCCCGACAGCAUGUGUGGUCGACCCCUGAGGGUGAUUAAGUCCUGACUGGUGGAUUAGUUUCUGCCAGAACUGAUGGUGUGGAAAAGUCUCAACAAGAAUGGAAAGUUUGAGUUGUUGUAAUUUGUUGAAACAAGAUCAGUCACAAGUGGCGACCCUUAGAAAUGUCUCAAGACAGAUUUUUAAGUUCAAUAAUUUCAUGUGUUUUCAUUAAAGUACACCAGAGUUUUAUUUAAGCUGUUUUUUGAUGUUUGAUUUUGAGUCCUGACUUUGGUUUUGUUUGUGCUGAAAUCUGAGUUCUGAAAAUGUGUUUUUCAUCUGAGUAAAAAAGAAAAAAAAGUAAAAUGGUUUUA